AUUUUAAGUAUUCAGUCGUAAUGUACUCAUCGUGCUGAGAAAAAUGAUAUAUCACAUGACAUGGUUUCAUUGAAAUCGAAAAGGCGCCUAUGGUCACACCCCCCAGUGGGGUAUGUGACCCCUUGAACAUUGUUCAGGGUGCCCAGGGGGUCGAGGUAUUUUUUCGACAUACUACUCGAUUUUUGUUCUUUCAAAUUCCGGGGUAUGCAUCAAUUGUAUUUUAUGUAUUUUUUGAAAUUGUGACCUUAAUUUCGAGGGGGUGUGGUCGAAUUUGAAAAAUCUGGAAAUAUAUAUUUCGCCAAUUGAUCUGAGCUUUCCAAAACAGUCGCAAUUUUGAAAAUCGGUCAACAAUUGGUAAAGUAAUGCCAAUUUUAGUCUCCAAUGUUAUUAAGGAUUACGAGGUCGGCCAAUAAGCCUGUCAGCAAGAUACAAUCUAAAUUGGCUUUAAUUAAAAUGCCUGCACCAUAAUUGGUUAGUGUUUUGCAAAAUUCCACUCAAUUUUCAUGAAAAUCAAAUAAGCUCUCGCCCGGCGGGAGACGGGCUUAUACGCUAGUAAACAAUAAUUUUAGACCAAAUAUGGACCGGCGGCAUAUUCAAUGAUGACCCUGAAACACUGGCGUAUCAUUGGAUAGGUACUGGCGAAACUGUUGACACAUCGGCGCCUUGGAUUAAUUGGGAAAGCUCAUCCGAACCAAUUCAGAUGCAGGGUUAUGCCAUCUCGAUUAAAAAUAGCCUUUUCGGAGGGACGCAAUGGGUGUCAAAUGCUAUAAAUACGGAAUUGCACUACAUUUGUGAAAUAACGGAAAUGGAACCCUCCACCACGACAGUAAUUACGGAACCCUCCACAACGACACCAACUCAACCCGAGAUCACAACAACAACGGACCCAAUUUCUGAAUGGAUCUGUCCACCCGGUUAUAUCGGAGAUAUUGGCCACCCGCACAACUGUAGUCUGUAUUACACUUGUCGAGAAUCACCUCUGCCACCAAUCCCGAAAGCCUGUCCUUCGGGCUACUACUUUGAAUCAUGGGAUACAUACAUCUGUCGAUUACCAUUUCAAGUUCCGCAAUGCUCUGGGGGUACCCCUCCCCAUGGGACACCUAGUCCUAAACCACCCAUAAAGAUAUUAUAAAUGCAAUGAUACAACAAGCGCCGGCCAGAUAUGAUUGAUGUUGUUCUUGACCCAAUUUGUUUAUCCACUUAAUUAAAGUUUAAAUAA